AUGGAGCACGCUGUCACCGCGGUGCAGCUGAACCCGUUUCACGACGCGCCGCUUUUUGCGGUCACCGGCGAUUCCGUGGGCCGUGUGUUGUUUUGGAGCCGCGCGAGGCAGGCGUUUGCGUCCGUUGACACCCCGGCGUGCGUGACUGCGCUGCAGAUAGUGAGUGGCGGCGACCUCACGGUGGCCGCGAACGGGGCUGGAAAGUUGCAGGUCUUUGACAGCCGCACGGGCGAGUUGCGGGUGGAGAUCUGCGCCCACUCGCGCUGGAUUAACACGCUGGCGUUCUCUCCGGCGACCAACACCGUCCUCUCAGGGGCGGAAGACGGCUACCUCACGGUGUGGUCGCUGCCAACGAAGCUCGUGGACGGCGUCACACCCGUCGAGCCCGUCGCAACGCACCACGUGCCUCAUGUUUUGCCCACGGGCGCCGCCUUCAGGGCGGAUGGCGCCCAUGUUUUCAUCGCGCUCUACGAUAGAAACACUAUUACAGAGUACACGCUCGUGUGA